AUGCCUCGGGGGAAGAAGAGUAAGCACCGCGCCGGAGAGAGAUGCAGACCAGUCCAGCUGGAGGCUGGGACAGUCCUGAGUGCUCAGACCUCUGCAGAGGAGGGAGAUGAGUCCUCCUCCUCCUCUUCGUCUGAGGUUUCUUCCCUGGGCAGCCCUGAGCCUGCGCUGUCCCAGGAGCCUCAGGGAGCCGCAGCAGCCAUUAGCUCUCCCCGCAAGGCAAGAAUCGCGUGGCCAUGUCUUGAUACCACUACCACCAGCACCGAGAGCCAAAGCGAGAGCCAAAGCGAGGAAAGUGCAGGUGCCGCCCAGGCAGAGUCGCGGUCUGAUGAAUCCCACAGGAGCCCUCUAGACCAGAAGGCGAUGCUGCUGGCGCAGUUCAUGCUGCGCAAGUAUAACAUGAAGCAGCCCAUCACCAAGGAAGACAUGAUGAAGCAUGUCGUCAGGAAGCACAAGUCCUACUUCCAGGAGAUCCUCAAGAGAGCCUCUGAGCUGAUGGUGCUGGCCUUCGGCAUUGAUGUGAAGGAAGCCGACCCGGCCGGGCACGGCUACGUCCUGGUCAGCAAGCUGCAUCACAGCGGGGAUAGCAGUCUGCACGGGCAGAUCAUGCCCAAGAAGAGCCUCCUGAUGACCAUCCUCUGUGUGAUCUUCAUGAAGGGCAACCGCGCCCCUGAGGAAGAGAUCUGGGAUGUCCUCAAUGCGAUGGGCAUACAUGCUGGAAAGGAGCACAACCUCCACGGGGAUCCCAUGAAGCUCAUCACAGAAGAGCUGGUGAAAGAAGGCUACCUGGAGUACCGCCAGGUGCUCGACAGUGAUCCCCCGAGCCACGAGUUCCUGUGGGGCCCACAAGCCUACGCUGAGACCAGCAAGAUGGAAGUGCUGGAGUUCUUAGCCAAGCUUCAUGGUACCCAGCCCAGCGCCUUCCCACACUGGUGUGAAGAAGCCCUGCAGGAUGAGCUGGAGAGAACCCGCCAAAGAUUCGAGGCGGUGAUUCGAGCUGCCUCUCCAGCCUGUGAUCUUUCCAGCACCCCUUUCAGCAACCCCCACAUGUAUUGA